UCAGAGAAGCCUCAGAGCAACAUGUGACUCAACACGGAAGUAAAUGUAGAGUGGAUGCCGCUCAACUAUUAAAGCAUCGAAGGGGCCGAAGAGAAAUCCACACUGCACAACACACCUACAGGGCAAGGAAAACAAGGAAUACGACUGUAGCAAAGCUUAACGCGGUCUCCACCAGAUGGUUUAAACAAGUCAAGCUUUGGUGUGCAACAAUGGAGGACCUACAAGACUUUACUUCCUCUAGUGCGAGCGCGAAAACCAUUGCUGCUGAGCUCAAAGAUGAUUUCUACUCCAUGUUUGUUGAUGACUUCCUUGGUGAUCAUAACGGAAGCCUUCUGGAGUUAAACGAAAAGCCGUUGAAAAACCGCAUGUUGGUUCAGAUUGGGCUGAUGAGAGAGGAACGUGAGAUUUCAUGGGUUAAUUUAAUACAAUGGCUCCAAAAGAUUAUCCCAACACAUCAGUCUGCUGAUUUCCGCAGCUUGAUUGAGAGGAACACCACAACAGUUUUGAGCUUAAAAGGGGAUGCCAGGGAGAACUUUCUUAAGUCGAAUGUAAACUUUGAAUUUGUUGGACCUAUAUGUGAUUGUAUUGGAAUCGGAAGAAAAGAUUUACUUGAAAAAUCAGAUUUCUCAGAUCGUGCAAAAUUAACUGGCCUCACAAAUGGUCUUGUUCUAGAAUUGGUUAACUUUAUAGCACGAGAAAAAUUAGAUCCAGUUGUCUUAGUGUCCUGGAUUCAUAACUUUGAGCCGUUAUUCUGUAAGGAUGGCAAAAUCCAAAAAGCUUACAGACUCUUACGGACAAAUCUUAAGAAUUUUAAGAUGCAGUUCCGCAACAAUCAGAAAAGCCGCAAGAGGAGCCGUGGAUUGUUGGAUGAAUUCCUUCAGAGUCCAUUUGAUCUUUCUCUCAAUGCUGAUGGUGUUGAAUAUAGGAGGGGGGCAAUGCUCAAGGCACAUGCAAAGAAGAAACGCCGCAUUGCUGUAAUCAAGGAGGAAGAUGAGCCUGUUGUUGUUUCCCAGACAGAUUGCCUCGAUGAGACCGUGGAACAGCAGUCACAGCCUGAACCUGAUCACAACCAAAUGCCCCAUGUGAUCAGUGCAGAAGAGGAACAGGGAACACAGAGCCAUAAAAGACAGGCACAGUCACUAGAUGAGGUGGAAGAAGACCCAAGAACUGACACAGGCGACUGUGUCACACUGCUUGAUAUCUCUGUGCUGUCUUUGCAAAAGCUUGCAGACAUGUAUGGAGGUAAGAAUGACGUGGCUAAGGCAGUUUCAAUGGAUCUACUUCAAAAUCACUUUUCCGCAAUGCUAAAGGAAGAUGCCAACUUGAGGUCCCUCAAUGAAAAAGUAAUGGCCUGUGCCUCAUCCAAGGGAGGCACCCCUCUGCUAGUGGCACCUUUGAAUUUUCUGCAUUACAUCUGCCUAUUCUUUUCCGAUCUCAUUGAUGUUAUUGAGCAGCAAAUGAUGUCAAUUGAGAAAGAUUUUGUGAACACCACAGGAGUGAAACUUGGACGUGACAAGCACCCCAGAUUUAAGAGUUUUCUGAACUUUGACGAGAGUGCUGUGUCACGUUACAUUCACAUGGCUUCUGAACUUUUAUGUCCAGUUGAGGAGACUACCCCUAACUACCGCAGGCACUGGCUUGCUUUUUGCAUUGAGAGAAAUAACCCUUCCAAACUGCCUAUCACUAGGUCGAAUCGUCUCAUUAACUACUUUGAAGCAGCUGUGGGACUUGUUCACCAUUAUGAAGAUGUUGCUCUUUUUGUAUCUGAACUGCAGCUUCUAAGUGAUGUCUCAGAUAUUGUCUUGGAGAGCGUCAAUGCUGAUGUGAGUGACGAGGCUAUGCAGGCGCUGGUCUGUGUGCUUGCCAUUGUCUACCUUAAAGUCUUGGGACCCUUUUGGCAGCUACUCAAGAGUGAUGGAGAAUAUCAUCUUUUCAAUCGGUACAUUUUUUGCCUGUAUGAAAAGCUCUUGGAAUGGUCGCAAGAUGCAAGGUGUCUUUUGCAACCAGAAGUUCAUGUGAAUGUGUUCUUACAGCUUCCAGUACAAGAGAGAUAUUUUGAGGGAGUGUUCACGUAUUGCCGUCUCAAUGCAGAGAACCAGAACGGUACUCUCAUGAGAGCUUGUUUACAGAAGAUGGUGAAAGCCCUUGCAGCUGUAAUGGAGGACAAUCUCAGAGAUUUCUUACCUGGAGGGAAGCUCUGCAAAGAACUGCCUGUCGACAUAACUGCUCAAAUGGCAAACUCCACAUUUUCACAGUUGAUGGGUGAAUACACCUUCGGUCAUUCAUACCCCUAUGAGAAGAACAGGCCUGAUAAAAGUCCUGGACAGACUGCGAGUAGCGUUUCAGAAGAGGUAGAAAGAGAACUUCCUUCCAAAGAUUCGCCAGACAGACCUACACCACCUGUGGUCAUGUUAGCUCCUGCUGAAUCCACUGAAAAGUGUCCAGAAGCAUUGCAACGGCACCACAUGUUUGAAGGAGCAAAUCUCCAUGAUGCAGAAAAAAUGAAGGUGCUUCGACAGAAGCAAGAAACUCAGGAUCACAUUUAUAGAAAAAUGAUUGUUGGAGCUGUUUCAAAAAAAGGUGGCCCAUGUAAAAGUAAGCAAGAUGUUGACUGAUUGCUCACAAAAUUAGAAGGUGCAAGCCAUGCACAGAAAUGUGAGGCAAUUCGCUGUGAACUGAACUACCAGAAGUGCAUCAUUGGUUCCAGUGACAACAAGUUAGAUAACAUAGGUUUUGCUUUGUCAGACAUGGUUUCUACACUGAAGGAUGUCUUGCCAAAUGAGAGCACUCAAAUUACUACACCAGUGCAAAAUUUGGUUGAUGAUGUAGAAAAUCAGAUAAGCACAGUGAGUUGUGAUACACUGAGUCAUACAGCACUCCCAGGCCCUCAAAACACAGUCACUGGUCAGCAAACUCAAAACAGGUGUAUCAACAAAAGUAUUGAUAUAACAACUAAAAGCACAGUUGUUUCCAAUAGUUACAGGGAGAACUUUGAAUUUCCCUGAUUGUUUCAUAACUUGAUGAAAAGGUGUUGAGAAAAUGCUGUUUGCAUUUUUUUUUUUCAUAUGAUAAUGUAUUUGUAGAUGUUCUGUAUCUAAUAAGCUUGUUUUCUUAGCCCUUGAUGUACUUUUAUUAUCAUAAUAGUUAAUUUUUUUUAAUUUGUUUUAUAGAACAUACAGUUACCUUGCAAAAUAAAAAAUGUAUUUAGCAACCUCAUUGUCUUACAUAUUAAUUAUAGCUUUCUCAAAGUAAGUGGCGUUUGGUUGUCAUGCUAAAGUCCUCUUUCAUAAACCACAAACCAAAUAGAUUUACUUUAUCCCAUUCAAGGAUAAUAUAACAAUGAAACUAAAGAUAAUGGGAUCAUGGAAACUUUCAAUAGACACAAGCCUCUCCAUGUGAAAAUUGAUCAUUCACUUCUGGCAAAUGCCAUGAUAACUUUAUUAAUAAAGAAGAGUUUUAUUGAUGAGUAUCAGUUGAGAAGUCUGACUAAUGUUUAGUAUACAUGAGUUUAAUUGGCUCAAAAUCAUAUCCAAAUAACAUAUAGUUUGCAUAAGAAAAAUAAUUUGCCACCAAAGUGUCUAGUGUCUUCACUAAAUCAGCUACCAACUGGGCCCAUGGUCAUAUUUAGUGAAGUCCGUUCUGCUCAAGUUAGCAGAAUAAUCUCGGGUAUAGUUCAUCACAUUAACUAUGGACAUGUUCCUCUAAGUUUGAUAAAAAUAAAGCAUCCAAAAUGCAUCCAGCAUUUGUUUUAAUUUUUUUUUUUAUAAAACCUAACAAACUUUUUAUGAAAUGGUUUGUUUGAAAAUGUGCAUUUGCUAUUUUUCUUUCAAAAUAAAUGCCACUUGAUUUCAUUUUGUGCUAUUAAAUGUAGUGGCAUUCACACAUUUUAAAGUGUGUUUUGUAGCCACUGUAGCAGUAAAAAAAAAAAAAAAGUCACAUGAAAUGGAGAAAAAAAAAAAAAAAAAGAGAGAAGCUCUAACUGAUCUGUGCCCUUUCCUCAGACAUAUAAAUGGCAGAUACUACAUGGUGGGAUCAUGCCAUUGUUACACACAUUCUGAUGGCCCUGUUUGGAAUGGGCUCAUGGAUCUCUGUGAACUCAUUAUGGGUUGAGCUGCCAGUUGUUGUAGGCAUUCUACCUGAAGGUCUUAGCGGGAUUUGCUGGUCUUAACUGCUCUCCUUGCCUGGUCAGGGUGGAACUUGCCAGCCUAUCUUUCCGUGCUGAUUGCCUUUGGGAAUUUGGGCCCAGUGGCUGUCACUUUAACCCACCACUUUGCACCAGGAUGGCUGAAUGAGCGUGUGGUCAUCCACGCCAUACAAGUGCUGGCAUUGAUUGCAUCUGGAUUUCUCGCUCUCUUCUGGUCUCAGGUGGCCACAGUUGGAGGAGAGCGGAGAUCUGUGCCAUUCCUGUUGCUUACAUUUAUAUUGUAAUUUGUCUGCUGCACCUCCAAUGUCACAUUUUUACCCUUCAUGUUUCGCUAUCCUCCGGAAUACAUCCAGACGUUCUUUGUAGGACAAGGUCUUAGUGCACUCUUUCCCUGCGUGGUUGCAUUGGGGCAGGGUGUAGGGAAACUAGAGUAUGUUGAGACACCAAACGGCACACAGCCCCAAUAUCUCAAAGAGAACUUCCCAGUCCAAAACUUCUUUUGGUUCUUGUGUGUGAUGCUGGCUAUUUCUGCACUCUGUUUCCUGGCCCUGACAUACAGAGUGGUCACCCAGGCUGGUGCAGAGGAAGGACAGAACAGGGAACUCACCUCUCAGUCGUCUUAGGCAACAUUGCAAACCCUCUGGCCUGCUUUGUGGCAAUGUUUGUCCUACUUAGGAGGCGGGGGUUUUGCUGCUGAUCUUAUGGCUCUGGCUGCACUCAGUCCCUGCCCACCACUUUUAGGAAGUCAGUCUGGAAUCGCUCUGGUGGUCAUAUCGUGGAUCAUC